UUUGGCUUCACUUUUUAUCGAUUUUCUGAUUAGAUUAGGUUGUUUUGCUUUUGUGAUUGAUUGUUAUCUGUUUUGUUUUUGUUUGGGGUUUUUUUCGUUUUUCGUGUUUCUUUCGAGUUUCUUUGUUUGUUUUUCGUUUAAUCUCUUUAUCUUUUAUCAUUUAUCACUUCUUUUCUAUUUUUCUAAAGCGCGCGAGGCAAAAAAUGCGAAAAAAAACUAAAAUUUUCAAAAUUAAAAAUUUCUUUCUCAACUUUUUUACUUAUAGGCUGGCAGAUGCUCUACAUUGUGGUACGUCUUCGAGCGAAAUUUGGAUGAUUUUUCAAAAUGCUUUUUUUCAAGUUGAUGUGCAGCUGUGGCAGCAUGGAAUGGUGUGGUCGGGCUGGUGUGAUUUGGGGGCUUUCAGCUGUGGAUGGUGGAAGAACAUGCUUUUGAAUGGUGGAAGAACAUGCUUUGAAUGGUGGAAGAAUAUGAUCUGGGGGCUUUCAACUGCUGUGUGGUGGACUGGAAGAAUAUGCUACUGGGUGGUGGAAGGAAUAUGGGCUGCUGUUGGGUGGUGGAAGAAUAUGCCGUUGAAUGGUGGAAGAACAUGCAUUGGAUGGUGGAAGAAGAUGCUUUUGGUGGUGGCUGAAGAUGCUCAUUUUGGAUGUAAGUUUGCCAUGAUUUAAAAAAAAACAAAAAAAUGCGAGCUAAAAAUUUUUGCGCAAUUGCGAUCUUUUCUUCU